AAUCGCUAGGAUAUAUAAACGGUUAUUGUUUAUGUCCGUCCAGUUUUUUUAGAUUAUCAUUGCUAAUUAACUUAGCUGGCUAACUAGCCUGCUAUAUUUGUCACAAAGUUGUUUAAUAAUUAAUGCUGCGCGAUACGUUGUAUUUCGUGCGAGUUUUAAAAGUUUAACGGCAGCCACAAUGAUGUGUCGUUCGGCCCGCGCGCUGAUGAAGCUCGGCGGUGUUCCCUCAGCAGGACGACAGGCCAUGUUUGUUUCACGCAGCUAAAAUGAGCUAAGACGAUAGCAUGAGAAGCACAGCUUACAGCAAGGCUGCAUUGAUGCUAAGUGAAGUGAAAGCCUGCCGAAUUACGUAUAGCCACAAAAGACGUUGAUUACUUGGUUGUUUCACGUUUAUUUCGACGCCUCAAAAACGAAUUGGUUUGCGUGUUAUGUAAGAAGGGGGCCGCCUUUCCCGGGCUUUUGCGAACAACGUCCAUCUAGGCUUAGCCAUUUUAAGUAGCCAUUAUCUUGAGCUGUAUGCCUAUGUUUAGGGCACUUUUCGGGUAUGUCUGCGCGGUUUCAAUCGCGAGUAAUGAAAUGGGUGAAUUUGCAGGAUAACCCAGAUUAUUUGCAUUUGUUCACGUCGUCUGUUGUCUUAGUACGUAUUUACAUGCCUCUUGAGGGGCGGAAGCUAGUCGCGGCGGCCAUUUUACAGCUAGUUAGCUGUUCCAGCGCCUGGCGCACAAGAUGCCCACCGUCAAAGACGUCGUGUGUUCUCGAAGCUGCCAUGUCAUGUACGCCAUCAGAAAGUUUCUCCAUGACCUAGAAAUGUAAUGUUAAGAAUUGAAGACAGAUUGGCAGUUGCGAGUGGAGUAUUUCAUGAACUAGCUAAACUGCUAGUUAGCCAGCCAGUUAGCUGAUAAUGCAUGCUCAAGAAAGCUAACUAGCAGCUACUUAGCCAGCUAACCUAGCCAACAAUGACAGGUAGGCUGUGUAUAUAUGAGAGAGCUGUAAACACGGGAUUCGUUUCAUUAUAUCAGUUUGAUAUUUAAAGAGGCAGGACUCAUCCUGACUUGGCCUUAGACCAAAAAAUCAUUCAAGCUUCUUUGCGAGGGCGCGGGGCUCGUUGAGCAACGCGACGUUUCACUUAAACGCGAAGACGGAAGUCGUCAGGCUGGAGUGUGUACUGAUGGCAGAGUCAGAGACUGACUGUGACACACCAGGUCUCGAUACGUUGGGAUCUGAGUGUGUCAUAGCCCAUACGCAAGUUGGUGACUUGCAUUAUGGUGCAGAGACUGAGAUUAUGACUCAAGAGGACAAAAGGCUUGACCUGGAAGCCAUUCAUGGUGACUUGGGGGCAGUGGCCUGUGUGGAUGUGGUAACAGAGACGGACCAUGAUUACAUUAAAUCUGAAAUACACCAUGAUCAUCAUCAGUACUUCAGCAGUGCAGAAAUGAAAACCGAGCAUUUGCUUGGUGAGGUGCUGUUGAAGACUGAGAUCGGUGGUGGAGAGCAUAUUGUGAAGGUGGAGUCAGACCAUGGAGGGGAGCUUACAGUGGAGUCAGAAAAUGGUGUUAUCAUCCAUGAGGCCCAUGGCCUGCAAUGCAGUGAAUGUGGUGAGAUUUUUGGCAGUAUGGCUGAUCUCCACGAACACUUUGAAAUCCAUAGAGCCAUUCACCCCUACAUUUGUGUCCAUUGUGGCGAGAGUUUUGCUAUUGAAGCCAGCCUGAGGAGUCACAUGAGGAUUCACAUGAAAGAGAAAAGUUAUACCACAGGCCUUGAGAUGGUUGGCAAAGGAGUCAUUGAUGCAUUCAACUUGAAACCUCACCAGUUGAUGCACUCUCCUGAAAAGCCACACAGAUGUUCGGAGUGUGGUAAAAGCUUUGCAGCUGCCAUUACUCUCCGAGAGCACAUGAAAAUGCAUUCUGAUGAUAAACCCUACAAAUGCACUCAAUGCAGAAAAAGUUUUGUGCGCAGACGGCAUCUUAAGAAGCAUCAAGAGCUGCAUGCCCGCGAGAAGCCGUUUACCUGCCCUCAGUGUGGUAAAGGCUUUGCGACAGCUUCCAAUCUAAAACAGCACCAGAAAACCCAUACUGGUGAGAAGCCACACAGAUGCACCCAGUGUGGGAAGUGUUUCGCAGCUGCAACCACAUUGAGAGAACAUCAGAGAAUUCACUCUGGGGAGAAGCCCUACAAAUGCAACCAGUGUAGGAAGAGCUUUGUCAGGAAACGCCACCUCAAGAAGCACCAGCUGGUCCAUCAAGGUGGAAAGCCGUACCGAUGCUCUCAGUGCGACAAGGGUUUUAACCAUUCCUCGUCUUUGUCAAGACACCAUAAGGUUCACUUGGAGGCAAAGAUGUAUGCCCAGGGUGAUAAAGAUUUCCCAUUUGAUACACCAAUGAAGAGGGGAAUGCAUACAGGUGAAAAGCCAUACAGCUGCAACCAUUGUGAGAAGAGCUUCAAUCACUCAUCAUCACUAUCCAGACACCAGCGGACUCAUUCUGAUGGAAAGUCUUACACUUGUGCUCACUGUGGGAAGAGGUUCAAUCAUCCCUCCUCUCUUGCAAGACACCAACGAGUUCAUUUGGACGAUAAGGCCUCUUAUAGUGCUGUUGCAACAGGAAAGGGAUUCCCCCACACUACCAUCUUGAAACAGACAAUCCUUGAAAGUGAGAAACCCUAUAGGUGCUCUCAGUGCGGAAAGGGUUUCAAUCAUUCUUCUUCACUAUCUAGGCAUCACAGAAUUCAUAUUAGUAAAAAUGAAUAUCAGUAUGGUCUUUCUCUUCCCACAAGUGGUUCAUCCCACCCUUGAUUCAGGCCAUCUUGGUAAUGGAUGCAAGAGAAGUUGGUGUGGAACUGAUCUGAAGGAACUCCUUAUUUAAAAACAAGUCCUUCAGCUUUUCAAGAGCAAUUUAUUUCAAUAUGGUAUGAUUGACACUGAGUUCAUAACUCCCUGUGUAAUGUGCUUGUACAGUUUGAUGCAAUACAUCAUUUUCCACAAUGUCAUUUGUAUGAUUAAAACUGAAGAUGAAACUUAUUGAUAUUCCAUCAUUGCUGACUUUUGCAAGUCAUAUUCUCUGUGGUGUCCUUUACACUUCUGGCACAAUCUUGAACUAAGUAUUAGGUCACGACGGUUUUGAAUGGCAGACAACGAAGCAAAUAUGUCUGGACUUAAUUAUUCACUCCCUUAGUCUGUAUCUUUACCCACCUCUGUAUUAUUAAUGGGUUGAGAAGCUGAUAUUAUUUGUAAAUAUGUGUUGAUUUUCUUUUAUAUAGAUAUGUAUAGGUAAGUAGUGUGCAGUUCUUUUUUGAAAAUUAAACAUUUUGAUGUAUGAUGCAGUUAGUCUUAUCCAUCUCUUGUAGGUAAAGUGGGAUGGUGCUUUCAGGGGAUGUCACUUAUGGAAUGAGCUGUCUUGAGAAUUGUAAGGCUAUAUUAAUCAUUGUAUACCCCUAAUGAUGUAAAUGACUGAAUUUGCAGCCAAAUACAGCAUUACUUCUACUAACUUGACUAAUUCCCAGCAGUUAUGAGCAGUCUCAAUUAUGAGAGGUAAGCAAAGAAGGGGAAGACUUCAUAAAGCGUUAAGGCAAGUGUAAGGUAAUUGUGCUUCUACCACCCAAUGAUUACCAUUCUGUGCUAUCAGUCAAGUUUGUUUGUUUUGGGUAGACCCAACAAAAUCAGCUGACAUUUUAAAUUGUUCAGUUUGUUGGGGAACUUGGUCCAAUUUACAUGGUGCCAGUCUUCAGCAGACUUUAUUUGAAAAUAACAGAUUUUGUAAAUAACUGAAGUAUUCCACUAAAUGUCUUCAGUGCUUCUCACUGGUACUCGCCUCUGUUACCAAUGGCUGACUACAUUUGUGACAGCUCGCUUAGCCAUUGCUAUUGUCAGACAGCAGUGUAUAGCAAAUAGUUGUAUUCUGGAUACAUUUAGCAGAGUAUCAGCCUGUACUAAAUAGAUUGUGUAUACUUUAAUGCAAAUACAAAAUAUAGCUUGCAUUUUUGAAUUUGUUUGCUUCAUUAUUUUUCCUUCCUGAAUUCCUUGGGUUUGGGCUUUCUAUUUACAGUCCUGUAUGAAUAAAUCUUUUACAAAUGGUGUAUUUUUUUUUUUUUUUUUUUUUUUUUAAAUAAGGUUUGGGUAAGCUGAAAGGGAAAUUAAUGGAAUACAGUUUUUAUGGAGUGAAUGUUGUAUUGGAAUUAUUUUUUUUUCUCUUGGAUAGCUAUUGUGCGUCACCACUUAGCAUAGGUUUAUUCAUUGUGUUAGUUAGGUGCCUUAUUGCAUGCCAUGUGGAAAUGUAUGCUGAGCUAAUAGGAAAAAAAAAAAAAAAAAGAUUUAGCUCCUGCUCCCUUUUGUUUCUUUACAUACUAAUCAUUGUUUUAAUUUGACUUCCUGUUUUAUUAUUUUUUGUUUCUCUGUACAUGAAUGUUUACACUGUCACUUCUGUCUUUUAAUGUCCCUGUCUGUCAACUAGCCUCUUUGUAGAUUAGAGGUUAAAGCAAGAAGUUGCAAUGCCAUUGAUCCAUAUUGUUGAUUGCCCUCUAUAGUGGUCAGUUAUUGUCCCAUAUGUCUAUUACCCCAUCUUUGAGUGGCUCACAUAUAUGGAUAAAUAAAGGUUGUUAACGAUCAACAGGUUUUCACAGUGUCUCUUUAGUUUAGAACAAGUACCUUCCUGCUUUAACCCAUAAACAUAUAUUGUAUGUUUUUGGGUAAAAAUAUUAAGCCACUUAGGACAAUUGUUAGCAUUAUAUUGAGACAAAGUUCAUUUUUUUAAUUGGGCUGUUACAACAUGAAUCACUGUGUUAGAAAGUGGUGGAUGAACCGCACUUGGAUGUUUUGCCAUCUGCAGUCUUCAUAAAAGCGUUCUAAGCCUUAAACCAAAUCAACCAGCUCUGAGGUGAAUUACAAGAUGACAGGCUUUGAUUUGAAUCCAGAGAGAUUUUGAAAAUUGUCCAAAAAGACAAGUGGGGUGGUGGUAAAAUACACUAUUUUCAUGUUAAACCUUUCUCUCAAAUUCUUGGUCGUUUUAUUUUUUCGUCUGUCUGCGCUUUUUCUCAAUGUGAAGGAGCGCCUGUAUAAAAUGGGUCUUUCCUACAAUUCUGUGUCAUUUAAGUACCCAUUACAAGUAUGUGUGGUAUUUAUAUUGUUUAAUGUCAACCGAUUACAAUUUUGAUAGGCAUGUUAAAAAGAAUAAAGAGUAUUUAUAAUGUUA